UUACUUCUUUUUAUUUAUCUUUUCAAAAAGUGGGAAAUUAAAACUAAAACCCAUCCUCCAAAGCGGAGCGACGUAUAUGUCUUCUCCACUCCUCUAACCCAAACCCUCGAUAAACCCUAAUUUUUCUGCCGUCACAAUGAGUUUACUCGCCAGAGCAAAAUUAUCCGCCAGAAGACGCCUUCUCCUUCACCCCAUCACUGCUCUUCAACAUUCGAAUUUCUAUUCCACUCAUGUCAAACAAAAAGCGCAGCAAUUGAGCAAGCCUAGAACCCAGAAAUCUUCAUCAGGUUUUCCUCAGAGAACCGGGAAACAGGAUGGUCCGCCAAUUGUUUGGCCUAAGCCAAGAGAGAUCCCAUACCAAGCAAAAGUUGCGAACUUUGUGAAUUUGAUAGGUUACGUCACAGCCCCUGUUCGGUUCGAGGUUGCUUCUGACGGGAAGCACUUAGCUUCCACUGUGAUUUCUGAGGAAAUUAGUGGUGGGAAAAACUCUUUUUUGAUUCCUGUUGUGUUUGAAGGUGAUUUAGCUCAUGUUGUGGCUUGCCAUGUGAAGGAGAAGGAUUGUGUUUUCGUAUCGGGGCAGUUGAAUGUAGACCCAUUGCGCUUUGGGUUGAGCGAGAGUCUUGGGAGGUUUCUUGUUUUGGCUGAAAAUCUCAACUUUGUUGAGGGACUCGGGAGAAAUGAUUCCGCUACGGAAGCUCUGGUCUCGUUCUCAGGUGUGGAAAUCGAUAAGCCUGUCCCUCAAAAGAGUGACGAGGUGACAGAAAAGGUGGAUAAUGAUGAGGACUUCAAUCAGCAAUGGAGAGAGGCAUUGGAACAUGCAAAGGAGAAGCGUAUUUCUGGCGUUAAGGAUGAUUGGGCAUCAGGUGUUUAUGCAAGCAAUUCUAUUGUUCCAGAGUUGCAGGCUGGUGCUGAGAUAGCAACUUUGGAACAUGACGAGUCUAAAACCGAAAAAGGUAAUGAGAAUAAUGGAGAGAACGCUAACAAGAAGAAAGAUCGGGAUUCAAUCUUGGAUUUAUGGGUGGAUCUUGUGCAAAAUUCCCUGCUGUGGUGGGAUUAUCGCCAUCACAAGUCUAAUGGAUUGGUUAAAGAAAAAUUCCCAGAUUUUAAGCGCAAGGUGACUGGUGAGGCACUCUGGAUCAACACUGCUCCUAAGUGGGUGUUGCCUGGACUUGAAAACUUGGAGUUUGAUGUUAAGGAUAUUAAAGGAAAACAAGUGCAGGGAGGUGAAGGACCUGGAGAGAGAAAGAAUGACAGUAAAGAAGAUUCUUGGAAGAACUUGGUGGAAUAUCCUAAUAAAUGGUGGGAUAAUAGAGUGAACAAGCGAUACCCAAAAUCGCCGGACUUUAAGCACAAAGAAACGGGUGAUGUAUUAUGGCUAAGCGACAUACCAGAUUGGGCAUUAUCCAGGUUACCACCAUUGAGAGAUGGGAGAAGUACUUCUGAUGGCAAGAGGAAUACAGAAACACUCUGAAGCAUCUGGACGAGCUUCCUUUGAUUGGUAAACAUUUUUGUGCUUCUUGAGUGAUUGACCCUGCGUGAUUAGAGUUCUGGUGCUCUGGGAGUCUUGAUUAUGACAACUACUUGUAGCCUCUCGAGUCUCACAAAAGAGCGGAAAAGUAUUUGUAAAAUCAAAAUGAAAGAAAGUGGCCUUCUUUUCUCAUAUCUGCUGUUGUAGGGGCAUAGACUGUUCUCAUACAUUGUGCGGACUUUGUUUCAGCACCUGUAGUUAAAAUUAGCAAGGGAUUGAUCUGAUCAAUUGUACUGCGCACAUUAAUGAUAGUAGAAUGCGCCACCAUCAUCUUGCAUAGGCUUAUCUUUCUCACUCUGAUUCGUAUCUUGUUUCUGUGAACGGUAAAAUGUCCAUGUGAAUCCACAAUAUAUUAUAUAUUGCAGAAGCAGAGCAGGUACUUCUA